GGUUGGACACAAGUGGUGGUCUGCAGAGGCACGCUGGCGACGAGGAAGGACCUGUCGAAGCGACAGGAGGACCCCGAGAAACCGGAGCGGAUAUCGGUGCCGUCGGCGUGGUUCCGCCUGGAUUCGUUUUGCAGGCUGCUUGGGAAUACUUAGAGCGGGCGCAGAGCCUACACAAGAAUGUGCAGUUUUUCAGAGGGGCGGAGACAAGCUUGCCUCGCAUCCAGAGUGAGUAUAGGCAGCCUCCCCGCGGGUCGCUGUAGGGACUACCCUAAUUAGGUUUACAAUAGGGAACAGAAACGUCCUCUCUCCGUCCUUCUGGGCCAUAAUGGCUGGAUGUUUUUCGGUUGCAGAGCACAGUCACACAGCCCGGUAGGCAUUUUUUUUUUUAAUUUUAUUUUUUUCCGGUGCAGCUGAACUAACCAGAACCGUCCUGGGAACAGUGACACCGGGACUCAAACAAGUGACCCGCCUAACAUAGUUGUGAGUGCGGCUAUCUGAGAGAGAUACGCAACAUCGCGACCGGGAGGAAACGCCGGAGGGGUUUACGUUUAACGGGCACCAGCCGGAUUUUCCUGCGCUCGGCGUCAGAGAGCACCCACCGCGGCUGCUCUCCCCCCGGUGGGGUGGCUGCGAAAAGUGGACUGUCUGGUUUGUUUUUCCCCUCAUCCACUUCCAGCCUGCAUGGAACAAAGUGUGCUCUCUGUCACAUAACCUGCGCCGCGAGGUAGACCGGGGCGUGCUGUCUGCGUGGGUCAGGGCCGUAUGUCGACACGUUUCCAGCCAGGAGUCCAGCUUCUCCCGAAAUCGUCAUGAGGACCACCGAGGAGACGGAGGGCUUUGACGGCGAGGCCUCCAACACUUCCAUGAUCUCCGGGGCCAGCAGUCCGUAUCAACCCACCACCGAGCCCGUGCUUUCGAGGAACGUUUUGGGGGGGAUAAGGUGCGACGUGGAGUACCUCAGGUCAUACUUUGGAAUUUUAAAGGUGGUUGAAGUGGUCCUAUCACUCAUUGGAUUCAUCUGCAUAGAGACUAUCAUGAUGUGUUCUCCCUGUGGAGGGGUCUACUUCUUUGAGUUUGUCAGCUGCAGUGCCUUCGUGGUGACAGGAGUCCUGCUCCUGAUCUUCAGUCUCAACCUGCACACCAAGGUGCCCCAUGUCAACUGGAGCCUCACGGACCUGGUUAACACCGCUGCCAGCACCUUCUUCUUCUUGUUGUCGUCUCUCGUGCUGGCCUGCAUCAACCACAACACUGGAGCUGAAAUUGCGGCAGUGAUCUUUGGCUUCCUGGUGACAGGUGUGUAUGGAAUAAACACCUUCCUGGCGGUACGGAGGUGGCGCCUUGGCAGUGGUUGUCAGGGGGCGCCUCAGAUCAGCGAGUACAUGCGAGCACGCACGGCAUCACGUGGAGAAAUGGAGGCGCGACCUGAGCUUGCAUGAGCGCUGGCAGACAAUGAGAAAGACUAAGGGAAAGCCACACUACCGGCAGCUGACUGAGAUGGAGGCUCUUCUGCCUGCAGAACAGUAAUUCAGUUAAGUCUUGGGCAGAACGACCAUCUCAGGCUCACCACACGCUUUUGACUUCUCAUCACAACACUUGAGCUGUUAACUAAUGGCUGUUCUUUCUGCCUGCUCAGUUAGUGAAUAAAACUUCACUUCAUAGCCACAGAUGAGCUCUGUGGUUUUGUUUAUCAGGCAUCUUGGCUGCAGUUACACAUAAAGAGUCUCUGGAAUUGAAGGUAAUUUCAUUAAAACUUUUCAUCCACAUAUCUUUCUAAAACAGUGGGAAGUAUGACUUCCACAAAGAGUCAAUAAAGGCUGACUUGACUCCGGCUGUGCAUCGACUCCUGUCCUGACGAAGGUGUUGACUGACUUUUUAGAAAGUUUUGUGUUUCACUGUGAAUGAAGUCAAGUAAAAGAGGGUCAGCUUUUGUACAGUUUGCUUAUGUCACGCCGCUGUCUGUGAAGUCUGUGGUAAUAAAUGUGAUCGUGGAUCCAGGGAGGCCACUCUACCAGAAACAUACAGUAACCUGUAGUACAACAAAAGCACCGUGACUUUACUGAUCUUUCUUAGACACUGACAUCAGCGUUUUGCUUCUGUGAGCAAGUCUGACAUUGGAUAUUUUAAUCUAAACAUUACACAUCAUAACCUAAGAGUUUGUUUCUCCUUCGUCUUGACUAACUUUGCAAAAUGCCUUUAACGUGUGACCUUUAGAUUCUAUUAAGAUCUUUGCCGUCAGCAGUUAUACAGUAACAGUACAGGGUCAAGGCGGGCAGUACAACAAAAGGACAAAAUAUCUGAAAUGAGUGGAAAAGAUUUACUUCCUUGAAACACAAGUGCAUACAAUGGGUUUGACACAACUACGAGACCAAAGUUUAAAAAAAAUAUCAUAAUACAUCAUUCCAUGUAUUUUAUCCGGGGUUGUGUGUAAGCUAUCCAAAAAACAUUCUCACUAGCAUUCCAAAAAUGUAAAUUUUGAGAUCUGUGUUAGGUCAACACUGUGAGCCAGGAGCAGCUUAUAUCAGGUGAUGAGAAGGUAAUUGGUAUCUUGUUAAUCUUGCACAUAUCAAAGGCUUCAGGUAACUCAAACGUUGACGGUACAUCGGUGAGAUUCAUUUUGAAACAAACAUCAGUAGGUGACCUGGUCAAGAUCAAUGCCCUUAGCCCAUACACUGUAUCUCAGGUAUUGACACACUCCUUCAUUCUUUGAUCCUUAAAAAACAUUUGAAAUUAAAUCACAGGGUGCCUCAACCUGAAUGCUGUAUUUCUUAAUGCCUUCCUAAUUAUUAGACAUGAUAAGACUAUCCUAGAGAGUGGAUUUAACUGAUACUUUAAGUUAAGUGAAAAUUAAUUAAAAAAGGAAGAGUCAAGUGAAGGUAGAGACAGUGCGAUGGAAAUAUGGUACAUUUAGCUUUAUUCUCACAGCUUUGACUCCAUAUUUGGUUGAAUUAAAUGUCUGUGUAUGUAUCUACAGUAUAUUAUCACACACUUCAUGUAUUACGAACUCUCUAUCAUUCCACAUCGCAGGUGUUGUAAAGCUCAACAGCGCAAAACAGACUUGCCAUUCCUUUAAUGUUUGGCUUAAUCUUGAAAAAUCACAUCAUAUUAGCUUUUUAGGAUGAAGGAAGAAAUGUCUUUAAUUUUUGGUGUUUUACAUCGUACUGGUGUAUUGAAUCAACACUACAGUUACACGUGUUUGUGGGGGUUUUUUGUUGUUGUUGUUUGAGACGUCUUUAUGUAUAUUAGGCUUGCGUGAGUUUGUGCAGGGUUUUAAUUGACUCUUUGGCUCCAUCUCCUGGUCUUCAUUUAAAAUGUAUACAUUGCAACUUCAGAGGAUUGAGUGUAGUUACACCCAGGUAACUACAGUAUUGUGUGUGUAUAAGGAAAGGACCAGAAGUGUAUUUGACCGUGGGUUAAAAUGAAAAAUAAAAACCAUAUGGCUUCUUAAAUAGCCUCAGAAGUUUUCACACUAUACAGUAUGUUUGAUUCAUCGUUAAUCAAUUUAAGUAACUUAUAUCAUGUUCUACUUCUAUUUCUCUUGGAUUGGUGACUGAAAAAAAUGUAUGAAAAGACAAUCACAUUUGUAUUUAUGUCUGUCACUUAACAUUGAUGGAUUUGUUUUUGAGUGAUACUAUAACAAUCUUCACUUAUACAUUUGUACAGCAGCAGAAAUCAUGCAAGUGCAUUAUGCUAUUUGAUAAUAUAAACUGACCAUCUUAUUUUUCAAAAGCCAUCAAGCCGCAGCUUUCUCUAUGUAAAAUUUAAUGCUACAGUAUGUUAUGAAGAAUCUGUAUUUAUGAGAAAGAAAAGAGAAGUUUUCUGCUAUAGUUUCCAGAUUGUGAUAUAAACUGUAGAUGAUCAGUCUGACUGUUUGAAUGAAAUUAGAGGUGAGAUGCUCUUCUGUUUCCUUUUAAUUAUGUGUGCUAUGAUAAUGACUACAACAAGCUCUGUCUUGUACAGCUUGGAGCCGUACUUAGCUGUAUUUUUGUAUUUAAAACAUUCUCAAUAGGCUUCACAUCAGUUUAUAGUGACAAUUUAAAUAAAAGUGAUUUGGACAUUAUCGAAAAUAGCUCAGG